UAUUUUAUUUUGCUACAAUGACAUAAAACAAACAACAACAAAAUAUUUCUGCGUUUAACUGUAUUUUCAAAAUGAAAGUAUUUUCAAUAUACAAUUCAAUCUGCACCGUAAAUAUAUAUCUGUUGUGCCAUGUGUUUGUACGUAGGACUUCCCAUUUUGAAUCAUGUUCUAGAAGUUAUCAAUAUAUUUCAAGCUACUGGCUAUAAUUUUUUUUUGCUAUAAAAUAUUACAUACAUAUAUACGGUUAUGUAAUUAAUAUAUAUGUGUGUGUGUAGCUUGCAGAAGAGUAUGCAAACGUAGAUGAAGUAUUGGUGGCUGAAGUAGAGGGCUUAGGUUAGAAAAACAAAUAUUUGUAAGAAAAAAAAAAUAUUUGUAAGAGUAGACGUUGAACGUUUAACGAAAAUCACGCCACCAAGCAAUCUCUCCUCUCUUUGUGUAAUUUCUUUUAUUCUUUAUUAUUUUCAACUUCAAAUAUUCCACAACAGAAAUCGAUAAUGGAAAAUGUUAUAAGAGAACCAGUGGUGGUAGUCCAAUGGCGCUUGAGGGAAUAAACCCAAUACGGCAAACCCUGGUUCGAAUCCCGCUGACCACAUGGAUAUGAGCUAUUGCUUUCGGCUCAUUUGAAUGCCCAAGAGAGGGUCUAUCCGUGGGCUGUACCUCCACCCGGGGGUUAGGUCUGUGUCUUUAAUAAACCCGAGUUUAACCAUUUUAAGUUACAAAAAUAAAUGUUAUAAGAAAUAAAAAUAAAAAAAAUAUAUGGGAUUUUUGUAAAAAUGUAGAUUACUUAAAAGGAGUGUCUUUGGUUAGGGAAGACGUUGGCAUCAAUCGCCGGUGAAAAUGUCCCUCCAAACUCUCCAUCAGACCAUCACUCUCUAACGAAUCUUAUAAUAUUAAUUUAUUUCAUUUCUCCAUUAUAAAUAUAUACAUUUAUAUGUAUGGUGCUGUUGGUCUUCAGCUUUCUUCUUGUUCGUACAUACCCAUCUUCCCUCACCUACAUCAAACCUAGGGUUUCUUAUAUAUAUCAGCAUACAUAAUAGACAUCUAUAUAUAUGUAUUUGUGAUUAACCAUAAGAUCAGAGAGACAGGAAAAGGAGAAGAAAUAAAGAAUGAUGUGCAGCCGAGGCCAUUGGAGACCUGCAGAAGAUGAGAAGCUAAAAGAACUUGUCCAACAAUUUGGUCCUCAUAAUUGGAACGCCAUAGCUCAAAAGCUCACUGGUCGAUCUGGUAAGAGUUGUAGAUUGAGAUGGUUUAAUCAACUGGAUCCUAGAAUUAACCGAAACCCUUUUACGGAGGAAGAAGAAGAGAGGCUUUUAGCGUCUCAUCGGAUCCAUGGGAACAGAUGGUCUGUGAUCGCAAGGUUUUUCCCCGGUCGAACUGAUAACGCUGUUAAAAACCAUUGGCACGUUAUUAUGGCUCGUCGUGGUCGAGAACGGUCCAAGAUGCGUCCACGUAGCCUUGGCCAUGAUGGCACGGCGGCUGGGCCUGGGAUGAUGGGAUAUAAGGACUGUGACAAGAAGAGAAAAUUGGCAACCACAACAGCUAUCAAUUAUCCUUAUAGUUUCUCUCAUAUCAAUCAUUUUCAAAUCCUCAAAGAGUUCUUGACGGGAAAGAUCGGGUUUUGCAAUAAUACCACUCCAAUCAAUGACGGAGCAAUAGACCAGACUAAAAGACCAAUGGAGUUCUACAAUUUUCUCCAGGUUAAGACGGAUUCGAAGAAACCUGAAGUGAUAGACCAUUCAAGAAAAGACGAAGAAGAAGAAGAUGUUGAAAAUUGUGUUCCAUUUUUCGACUUUUUAUCUGUUGGAAACUCUGCCUCUCAUCAGGGUUUAUGUUAAUUAGUUCGUACCACAUGUACUAUAUUCAAGGUGGAUCAUAUGUUAAUGACAUGUAGAACUUACUAAUCAGUUAGAGCUCUUGUUUGAGCCAAAUGUGAAGAUUAGACAUCCCAACCUUCUUCUUAUAUAUCAAACCAAAAGAUUGUAUUU